AUGUUCAAGUUGCAGACUGGAAAGGAUCUAGUCAUAAUCGGGAAAAAACCUGAUCGGGGCGAUGAAGUCUACGUGAUCGACAUCCCCAAUGAGACUAUCGCCCUUCGUUUUUGGGAGUCAGGGUUAAAAGGAUUCUUGAUGAUGGACUGGAUGCACCCUGUCCAGGGGACAAUCCCGACCCCUGAGGGGUACUUCAUAUUCCCUUAUCACGCAGGCUCUGAUAAUGGGGGCUUCACGUCUCUCACUUCAUGGGAGAAAGCCUUCACUUAUGGCAAAGGAACGGCUGCCAGCAGCGAGGGCAGACUAGAGAGAUACAGUGUCCCUCAGGGGAUGGCGAACUUUUAA